UGGGUCAGCCUUUGAGGUGUACAUGGAGGUGGUGCAUUCUGGGACGGCUGGCUCUGGACCAGAGGUGCGCAGGAGUUUCCCCGACACAUACACUGAACAGGAAACGCUACAGACUAUCCCAAAGUUUUGUUUUCCUUUUAAUAUGGACAGUAUGGCUGUGGGUCAGGUGGGGCAGAACUUCACGUUUGUUCUAACAGAUAUCGACAGUAAACAGCGGUUUGGUUUCUGCCGGCUCUCAUCAGGAGCUCACAGUUGCCAUUGCAUCCUCAGCUACUUACCGUGGUUUGAGGUGUUUUACAAGCUGUUGAAUAUCCUGGCAGACUACACAACCAAAGGACAGGACAUUCAGUGGAGGGAGUUGUUAGAGUCUCUACAUGUAUUAAACAUCCCUGAUCCUGGAGUGCCUGUGCAUUUGAGUGUGCAUUUGUUUUUCACAGUGCCUGAUCCAAGAGAAUUACCCAGUAUACCUGAAAAUAGAAAUCUGACGGAGUAUUUCGUAGCAGUGGAUGUGAAUAAUAUGUUACAUCUGUAUGCUAGCAUGCUGUACGAAAGACGAAUCCUCAUCAGCUGCAGCAAACUGAGCACUUUAACCGCAUGUGUUCAUGGCGCAGCAGCCAUGUUGUAUCCCAUGUACUGGCAGCAUGUUUACAUUCCAGUCCUGCCACAGCACUUAUUAGACUAUUGCUGCGCUCCAAUGCCGUACCUUAUCGGGGUGCAUUCCAGUCUAAUGGAGAAGGUGCGAGGUAUGGCUUUAGAUGAUGUGGUUCUUCUCAAUGUAGACACAAACACUCUUGAAACGCCGUUUGAUGACCUGCAAAGCCUUCCUAAUGAUGUGGUUUCAUCUUUAAAGAACCGCCUAAGAAAAGUGUCUUCAUCAACUGGAGAUGGAGUGGCCCGAGCAUUUCUGAAGGCGCAGGCGGCUUUGUUUGGGAGUUACCGAAACGCGCUACACAUUGAACCGGAGGAGCCAAUAACGUUCAGUGAGGAAACGUUCAUCACACACCGGUCCAGCACCAUGAGACAGUUUCUGCAGAACGCUAUCCAGCUACAGUUCUUUAAACAGUUUAUAGACGGCCGUCUGGAGCUGCUGAACUCAGGUGAAGGGUUCAGUGAUCAGUUUGAGGAGGAAAUCAACAUGGGAGAAUAUGCUGGCAGUGAUAAAACUUAUCAUCAGUGGCUUUUUACAGUGAAGAAAGGCAGCGGGGCAAUACUAAACACAGUGAAGACAAAGGCAAAUCCUGCAAUGAAGACAGUUUACAAAUUUGCCAAAGACCAUGCCAAGAUGGGCAUCAAAGAAGUCAAGAGUCGACUCAAACAAAAGGAGCUCACAGAGAAUGGCUACUCAGAAGAGCCUGGGCCCACUCAACUACCCUCCACACACAGCAAAGACUCGCUCACUUGGGACCAGAGGCGGCCAAUCACAGUUCACUUUGGGCAGAAUGAGCGGUCACCUUCCCCACGGCCCAUGCGGCCACAGCGCCCCCCUCCUCCCAAUCCCUCCAAACUACAGCGCAGCAUACGACCAGCUCGACCUCCUCGGCCAUUGGUGGCAAAGAGACCUCGCAGUAACAUUGGUGUAGAAGGAAGCCCUGAACAUUACGUGCGUCCAACUCGUCACUAUACAGUGUUUCUGUGCGAGGAUUCUUCGGGUGAUGAACUGUCUCAGGAUGACGACUCCAUUGCUGCUUUUCCUGAACACUUCCUGCUUUCUGCUCCUUUUGAAUGGCCUCAGCCAUACAGGUCUCUGAAAGAGGCAGAGCUUGUGGAAGAAGGUGUGGAGGUUGGGGAGCGAUACCAAGGUAACACUGCUCCAUCCAGUCCUGUGCUAGACAAAUUCUCUGACCUGAGCCUGUUGCAGGAUGCCUUCCGUAAUCAACAGGGGAAACCGGAAUGUUCAGAAAUCACAAAUACCACAAAACCAUCGCACAGCACACACGCUACCCUCACAUCUGCAAGAAGUUUGGAGGAGCUUCGAGCAGACCCACAAAAUGUCAACUUCAACUACCAGCGGAUGGAACUAAAUUCUGGUGAGCGCACACGCACACUCCCUGUGCUUAAAACCACCAACCCAUACAGCAAGCUCUGGAGUCAAAGAGAAGACCCAUCCACCUUGCUUGGCCGGGAGUCACCUUCCUGGGAGAGACCUCUUUCCGUUCCACCCUUAGAACCCUCUGAUGUGCGCCCACCCAGCAAGGAGAGUUCAAAUUCCUGUGCAGAGAAGACGGAAGGGGCUUGCAUUACAAUCCCUCGUCCCCAAGGUCGAAAAACACCAGAACCAGGUGCAGUGCUGGCUCCAGCGGUGACCCUGCUGCGCGGGGUUAAGCAGGGCAGUGACAAAGAAGGAGGAGUGUCUGUUGGAGGGCAGGAGUUUCGGCAGGCAUUAAAUAUGUCUCCUCAAGCACAAACUCAGGUUGACCUGUUGAAGACCAAUGAGCCAAACGAGGGACAGGAGCAGGACUUACUUAGCUUGUUGGACCCUUUGUGUGGAGCAACAAAGGAUGAGGCCACCCCAUCCCUUUCUAAACCUCCUGUACCUCCUAGACCGAACCCCCCAAGCCUUGCCAACUUCCCCCCUCCAGUGUCUAUGAACCCUUUCACCCAACAACCGCAGUACCCACCUCAAAGACAUUAUAGUCCUGUCAUCCCAGGUAACCCUUUCACCCCAGCCUUCAUGAAUUCUCCAGGUGCCAACUACUUCCCCACCGCAGCCAGUCCAUACGCAGUAUUUAAUCAGGCAUCCACUGUGGGUGUGACCCCAACUGGAGGGGCGUGGCCCAUUGGACGUGUUCCUCCAUCCUCCAGCAGUAGUGGAUCUCUCUCAACCCUCUUAGACUCAUCUGCUCCGGCUACUUUGGCCCAGCCUGUGCAAGUCUCCACAGAUGCACCAAGUGAUCCAUUCAGUGACCUUCUUACCAUGGCAACUACACCAACAAUAAUGGCCACGCCCCCCAAAAAGAAGGUGGAGGACUUGCGUAGAAGGUGGGAAACUUUCGACUAGCUCUGCCCACAAUUUUCCUCUACUGCUGCUACCAACCAGUGAGGGACUACACAUUUAUAGCCAGUGGGUAUUUAAGACUGUGCCCCCUAGGGGCCUGAAAGCACUGUUGGACAUUUCCCUCCCCCAGAGUGUGUUGUGCUUUUUUUUUUGCGCCUAGCUCACACACUUAGCCUUAUGCACACAGAUGCUAUUGAAGCAUUUCCCAUAACAACAGGAUGAACCAUGUUGCUCCAAAAGUUUUACACUGAAACACUAUAUUAGGAAGAUAACACUGUAUUUUCUGUAGCUAGCAGCGUAGUUCCCAAAGGAGUCAGACUACAGUACUAAAGAAGUAAUGCCCCAAAUCCUACCAUUAGCAAUUAGACUGACAUUAUUGCUUUUAUGGCGGUAACUGCACAUCAUUUCAGUGCUGUUUUAAUAAGCUUGCUUUUUUUUUUUUUAACCCUAGGCUCAUUAAUUCAAACCAUUGUACUCUAACAUUCACAUUCUUGUACAAACCAUUGUUAAAUUGGCAUUCAUAAUGCACUUGAAUACAUUUAUUGCGCAUACUACAUAUUCCACUCUAAAAUACCCAUUACAUACAACAUGUAGGGAUUGUGAUAUCUGAUGUGUACUUCAGAUUUGCACUACAUAAUGUAUGACCUACUAUAAUGCAUACUGGACUACAUGUUCCCAAGUUCAAGCUAUAUACUACUUGCUAUAUACUACGGAAUGUUAGCACUCAGAAUGGGUCAAAGGAAUCAGCCCUGUAGCAGAACAACACACUGCCCCCUAGAGGUCUGAAUCGAGAUAUUUUAGAGGUCAAACACGCCGGAAACAUUUUAUGCAUUAGCUCUCGACUAAAAAUUGAAGUAAACUGGUCAAGAGUGUGUUUAGGGGGUUUAAAAGUAAAAAUGUGUCAAACCCCCUCAUAGGUCCCAGUGUACCUCUGGUUUUACUUGCCUACGUGUCAGUCUGAAAGUAUUCGAUUUGGUUUUCUCAAACAACGUUCACGAUAGUUUCGUUUAACUGCAAAUCGUCCACUUGCUUUGAUUUAGAUGUGUGUUUUGAAAUCUCCUUUUAUUCCGUGCAUCCCAUAAUAGAAUUACAGCUUUCAUAAAGCGACCAAUCAGCAUCUUUCCUUUUACCCUUUUCCAUCGAAUCUGCUACUGCCGUGCACUCUGCAUUAUGGCUAUUUAUUCUAAUAGAGCUGUUUUGUGCUUUUUAAACACGCAUACUGCUAUAAAGUUUGUUAAAGUGAAUCCUAACAGCUGGUAUUCUUGUCAUAGACUGUGCCUGUUUAUUGGGAUUAGUUCAGCACUAUACACAAUUGGUGUUGCAGGAUCUUUGUUUGAUGGCAUUUUCUUUGCUAUAUUUCUGUCCGAGACUUGCAAGUAGAAGAACACUGUUUGUGCAGUUUUUGACAUGGAAAUGAAUUGUGUACAACCAAACACUCAAAUCAAAAACAUUUUUAAUUUUUUGGUCCAUGUCAGGGAGUAUCAGGGAGUGAAUCGGUGUCUCUUCUCUGGUUUAUUGUCGUAUUUAAAGAUGAAAUAAUGUUAUUUGUGUUAUUAAAGUGUUCUUGAACAUAAGUAUACCCCGUAGAGCUGUUAGAAAGAUCACAUUUCCUAUUAGUUUAUCCGUUUAGAUCACCUUCCAAAAUGGGCCUUAAUGAGAGUUUGUGUAUGUGUGUGUGUGGAAGUUCAGAGCAGUUGGUUUUGUAUUUCUAGUCUUACAGCAUGGGUUGUUAUAAUGUUUUGGUUAAACUUUUGUCUUAACGCUAAAACUGAUUUCUGCAUUUGACAUGGACUGUUAGGUUGAUACACGAGUGUUACAGCAGUCACUUUUCCUGUUAAAUAAUUCAUACUGAAAGUUCAAUAAGAAAAUGGAAGCUACUACACUAGCGCGGAAAUUUUCGUUCACAAUUAAGUUCGACAAACACAAAGCUUCAAAUUGUUCACAUGAGUAUGUCAAGUUCUACUUUAAAAACGACAAAAGUAGACUUGGAAUGGUCCUGGAAUUGAAAUUAUUCUGUGAAAAUAAUCUUUAUAGUUUUGACUGCAGCAGAAAAAGUAUUUUUUUUGUUUGUUUUAAAAGUGUCAGAUGAACCGAAGCUGUGAUAUUUCCCCCCCCUUAAUUUAACUGGCAAACAUGACAACACUCCACAUUGGGUCGACAUAUGGACAAACCCAACUGUUGGGUAAAAAAUAUAUAAGUUAAAUUUAAUUAAAAGUAAUAUAUAUAUAUAUAUAUAUAUAUAUAUCCCAGCACUUGGGUUUGUCCAUAAUUGACCUAACAUUGGGUUAAUACAACCCAGAAUUGUUUAGAGUGAACUAGGGUUGUCGCGGUACUGGAAUUCGAUACCAAUCGGUACUGAAAUUUUAAAAACGUCUAUUUCCCACAAACAUUUGACAUUGUUAAACAGCACUGAUUUUCCAUUGUGUUCACAUGCUCAACAGAAAUUACUGUGAUUGGCCGUGAAGGUCAUUGGUUCACCGAAAUCACCACUCAGAUCACCGAAAUCACCGAAAUUACUGAGUGUAAACACAGGGACACUGGAGCAUUUUAAAGUCCCGUCGAUCAGCUGGUUUGUCUAUAAGCUGACAUAUGAGCGAUCUGCUGAUGAAUCAUGGCUUUAAAAUGCUCCAGUGUCCCUGUAUCUGUGAUUACACUCAGUAAACAGCGGUGCUUUGGUGAACCGAUGACCUUCAUAGCCAAUCCAAGUCAUUUCUGUUGAGCAUGUGAACACAAUGGAAAAUCAGCAGUGUUUAAGAACGUUCUCAACAGUGCUCAGAUGUACAUAGGAAAUGGACGUUUUUAAAAUUUCAGUACUGAUUUGUAUCAAAUUGUGACAACCCUAGGGCGAAGUGUUAAAGGCUGUACAUGACAUUACUGUACAACAGCCAACUUUAACAUGUCUGGGUUGAACAAGCUUUAAAAGCAUUGCCAGCAUGAAUUCAACUAACAUUAUAGAAUCUGCUGUGUUUUGACCCAAUGCUUUCAGGUUUGCUUUUGUCAGUUGGAAUAGUAAGCAAGGUGGUGGUAUUAUCAAAAUGCUUUUUUUUUUGUAUGUGUAAAAAUGCAAAUUUUCUCUUUGAAUGUAUCCUAAUGUGAACUCAUAUCCUGUUUAUUAUCAUCUUGCACUUUUUGAUUUUUAUUUGGAGGUUAUUAUUUGUGUUUGCCAUAAUUAAAAAGCACAGUAUAUUCCUGUGAAA